AAUGAGCGCGACCCAGAAAGAUUUUGUCAUGGCUCCCUUGCAGACCAAAAAUACCAAUGUCGUCGAUACUAUGAAUGAUGGUGAAGAGGAUUUCGGGGUCGGCUCGGUUGAGGAAGUCCCUAAAUAUACCAUCACAGCCUUUUAUCGGAGCGUGCUGUUUCAAAUGGUGUUGUUCGGAGCGUUGUCACUGGUUGGCCCGGCUAUGUCUGAUGCUAUAAGCAACCUGGGAGGAGGCGGGCUGUCUACACCAUGGCUGGCGAAUCUUGCGAACUCGUUGAGUUACGCGUGCAGCUUCGCCAGUACCAUCCUUGGAGGACCUGUUAUCAACAAAAUUGGGAUCAAGUGGUCUUGCUUCAUUGCAGCUGUUGCCAUGCCUCUACAAGGAUCUGCGUACUAUGUAAACGCUAGGUACAGCGUUGACUGGUACCUCCUAGCAGCUAAUGUUGUACAAGGCACAGCAUCUGGUUUUCUUUACGUUAGUGAAACGACGGCCAUGUUGUCUUACCCAAAGCUAGAAGAUAGGGGAUUCUACCUUGGCAUAUGGUCUGCAAUGCGAAGCAGCGGAAGCGUAAUCGGUGGCGUAAUCAACUUCUCCACGAACUCUGACAGAGCAUCGAGUGGAGGAAUUGCGUGGUCGACAUAUCUAAUCUUCAUUGGGUUCGAAUGUACCGGAAUCUUGUGGGCACUGUUAUUGUCUCCAACUGCGCGAGUACGUCGUCGCGAUGACAGUAAAGUAUCCAUGUCCGAGAUGCUCUCAUGGAAGCAAGAAUUCAUUGCUUUGGGGAAGCACUUGCAGAAUCCAAAGACCUGGCUUGUGUUCCUUCCCGCCUUCUACUCUUUCUUCUACGGAGGAACAUUGGGCACCUAUCUCUCGCAGCACUUUUCUGUCCGCGCACGCGCACUUUCAUCUCUUCUAGUCCCGACCAUCACCAUUCCAUCAGUGAUACUAUUCGGCAAGCUGCUAGACAACACACGUUGGUCGCAGCGGCGCCGCGCAUGGGUAGCUUCCCUGCUGUGGAUUCUGCCUCAAAUUGGCUGCUUUAUCUGGGUCGCACUUGAGUACCAUUAUCUCCAUCUUCCGUCAACUCUAGAUUACAAUUUGGAAACUGGCAAAUGGAGCAAGGCAUACGUGCCGUACCUCAUCAUUUUCGUGACCGGCUACUGGACCCAACUCACUAUAUAUUGGGUCCUCGGCACAUUCUCGGUCGAGAUGAAGUAUGCUGCACGGGCCGGAGGUGUGUUUCGCGCAUUUGAGACGGCAGGCCAAGCAGUAUCCUACGGUCUGAGCUCUGCAAGCAACAUAAGCCCCGGGAUUCCGAUCUAUGUCAACUGUGCUAUGUUGGUCCUUGCUAUCCCCAGUAUGGUUCUAUUGAUCACUAGGAUCCCAAAAAGACCAUCAGACAUUGACCUUACCGAUCAUACCCGUGUCGUGCUCGACGAUACUCAAAAAGGGGAAUAAGAAUAUGUGGAUGUUGUAGCACGAGUUCAACAUUAGAAUAGCUGUUCUAAGGUGUCCCUGUACGUAGCAAUCACAAAGGUACUUAAAUGAUGUACUCCCCGCCUG